AUGAUUCCAACCGAUCUUAAUCGCCCGCCGAGACAUGCGAGUGUCACCAAUGGGCGUUCAGCUAUGACUUGGAAUAUCCGUUCUCCGGAGAAUAUAAAAGCCCAGAAGAAUUCUGAAGAAUUCCAAAGAAGCCACGAAAUGCCAGUGUUUGGUUGGAAACUCUUUAUUCUGGCGGUGAGUGCUGUGGGCUUCACAUCGGCGGGUCAUCCGGCGGAGAAGGAAAAAUCUACAGUUCCCUCAACCCAUGGGUAUGGACCUGCUAUCCACAUCAGCUCUGGGGUUCUCCAACUAGCCCCUGACACGGAGCCCACCCCGUUGCUGUUGCUCUCGAAUCCGUACUCCUCCUCCUCCGGGUCGCUGGGAGGGAGUCCUUGGCCCCACUUGUAUGUGGAGACCUUUGGGGCCUCCCACUUGCCGGUGGCUACUUCGGGAGUGGCUCUCCAGGAGCCCCGCAUCCUGGUCAGCGACAACGUGGACUUCUCCCAACUGAAGCUCCGCCAGCACACUUUUCCAGUUCAGUCCCAUGGACGUUGA